UCCGAACGCAUCCUUCUCUGUUUCUUGAAGCAAAAUUCGCUUGAACUCUCCCCAUCAAUCCCCUGACCUGGAAACCUCCAUUUCAUAUUCCAGCGAGAGUCCCGUUGGGACUGAAGACUAAACUCUAAGGUAACCCCUCAACUACUGCCGCCCCCUUCCUUUGACGUCCCACCGAUACAUGGCGACGACCCUUCACUUCAUAUAAUGCCCUGAUCCCAUGGUCGUCCUUCCCACCUAAACCUCUGAGACCCAUUCCGAUUUUGGCCCUCAGGGUUGGGUUGGAGGUCGAAAGAUGAGGGCUUGGUUGUGGGUUUUCGCGGUCGCUCUUGUUGGGUCGUUUGCCCAGAGUCUUGGUGCGGAGCAGAGGGCGCACACGGAGCGGAUUUCAGGAAGCGCGGGUGACGUCCUUGAGGAUAAUCCAGUGGGAAGGUUGAAAGUGUAUGUUUACGAGCUUCCAAGCAAAUACAACAAAAAACUCCUCCAGAAGGACCCUCGAUGCCUCAACCAUAUGUUUGCUGCUGAAAUCUUUAUGCAUAGAUUCCUUCUAUCUAGCCCUGUUCGUACUCUUAAUCCUGAGGAAGCAGACUGGUUCUAUACCCCUAUAUACACCACAUGUGAUCUUACGCCCACCGGCUUGCCGUUACCAUUCAAAUCUCCUAGAAUGACGAGAAGUGCAAUCCAACUUAUUUCUUCAAAAUGGCCAUAUUGGAAUCGGACAGAAGGGGCAGAUCAUUUCUUUGUUGUACCACAUGAUUUUGGAGCGUGCUUUCAUUAUCAGGAAGAGAAAGCUAUUGACCGUGGAAUUCUGUCAUUACUCCGGCAUGCUACUUUAGUCCAGACUUUUGGACAGAGAAACCAUGUGUGCUUGAAGGAAGGUUCGAUAACAAUUCCUCCUUAUGCCCCUCCUCAGAAAAUGCAGGCUCACCUGAUUCCUCAAGACACUCCUCGUUCCAUCUUUGUGUACUUCCGUGGCUUAUUUUAUGACGUGAACAAUGACCCUGAAGGUGGCUAUUAUGCAAGAGGAGCAAGGGCAGCUGUUUGGGAGAACUUCAAGGACAAUCCGCUCUUCGACAUCUCAACCGACCAUCCAACUACAUACUACGAAGACAUGCAACGGGCCGUAUUCUGCUUGUGCCCGCUGGGGUGGGCCCCCUGGAGCCCUCGGCUCGUGGAAGCCGUCGUGUUCGGCUGCAUCCCCGUGAUCAUAGCGGACGACAUCGUCCUGCCUUUCGCAGACGCUAUUCCAUGGGAGGAAAUCGGAGUUUUUGUGGCCGAGGAAGACGUCCCCGACUUAGACACGAUCCUGACGUCUAUCUCUCCAGAAGUGAUCUUAAGAAAGCAGAGGCUUCUCGCAAAUCCUUCGAUGAAACGGGCGAUGCUGUUCCCUCAACCUGCUCAAUCAGGAGACGCCUUCCACCAGAUACUCAACGGACUAGCUCGGAAGUUGCCGCACCACAAGAGUGUUUACCUGAAGACCAGCGAAAAGGUCUUGAACUGGACAGCCGGUCCAGUUGGGGAUCUAAAACCAUGGUAAAAACUUGUCAGCGCUUUUGUUUGGCACAUCAUUUUGUGUGGUACAUAAGACGUGUACAAUUGAGGGUGGUUCGAUUAUACUUCAUACAACAAGGCAGAAACUGUACGAAAAACCGACUCCGCCUUUAGUUAGCGUUUGGACUAGACUGCGAUGGUGUUUGAGGUAAAUCAACAAACCAAACUGAAUCGGCCCUGAAAUUCUCGAUCUUAUCAGUUUGUUAGUUUGGUUUUGGUUUGGGAAAUAGCAAGAUUGGCAACUUCAUUUUGGUUCUGA